AUGGGUUCCAGCCAGAAAAAGAAGAACGAAAGGAAAAAGGACUUCCAGCUUUUGCUAAUCAGGGUCUUUUCAGCUAUUGUUUUAAAUCAGCAAUCGCUGACAACAUCCGCUCCAUCGGCAUCAUCUCAGUUCACUCAUUAUUUAUCUCUUCUGAAUUCAAAAUCGGAUUCUCAACGGAAGGACUCUCUUUCCUACUUGACAACGGCCAUUGCUUCCCGCCCAGUCAACUCCCCUCUACCCCAACCAGUCAGUGUCAUAUUACCGUCUCUUGUAUCUCUGAUCCUGGACGGUAGCAAUGGGGUCCGCAAUCAACUGAUUAAGCUUCUGAAAUCGUUCCCUGCGCCAGACAUGGAAGGACAUAUCUCUCAACUUCUACCCUACGUCCGUGCGGGCAUGACGCAUCUUGCAGUUGAUAUCCGACUAUCUUCUGUCGAAAUCAUUUCCUGGCUUGUAGCCAUUGCGGGCCGCGAGGUGGUCUCAUCACCUGGUGGGUGGAUAAAAACAAUCAAUUGCUUCCUGUCCAUUUUAGGGUGGCAUACAGAAGAAUCAGUGAAGUGGUCGUCGAAUAGAGCCUCAUUCGGAAAGACUGGUAGUGAUGGGAAGCCGAUGGUUCGAACGCUGCAAGCUCUGGCCGAAUUCCUACGAGCAGGCAUUGGCGCUGCUGAGGACGAAUCUGAGAUUGUGGGGCCGAACGUGAUGGGUGACAAGGAGUGGAACUUUCCCCUUACCCAGACAAACCAUCAUAUUUUGCCAACUAAGUCUGCACCGUUUGCUUACCUCAAUUUAUUCGGACAGCCAAAAAAUGAGGAGGGUGAGAUGUAUGAAACCAGGGAAGAUAGGUUUAGAAUUUUCUCUGAUAGAUUUCUACCUGUUAUAGAACGCGGAAUAAACAUGGCAAGACAAGAAGGUGGAGAGAUCGGUCGUGCAUCCGCAGGUGUAAAGAAAAUUCUGAAUGAAGCUCGGGUGCUCAAUUCCGACCCUUGA